GUUCUCGAAUUGCAUGUACUGCACAGACUUUCCUACUUCCUAGUGAGAGAGAUAAAAUCAUAUUUUUACCAAGAGAGAGACUCAGAGAGAGAGAGAGAGAGAUCAGUCUCAAAAUAAGGAGCCUGACCUCAUUUCCUUUCUUCACAAAAGAGAGAGUAAAGAAGGAAGAGAGUGAGAGUGGGACUGUAGGAAAGAGAGAGAGAAAGAAUCGUGUGGGUUCUUCUUUUCUUUCUUGUUAUUGCUUUCUCUUUCAACAUAGCAUCGCAGUCUAUUUUCUGUUCGUAUUUUUUUUAUUUAAAAAUGUUUUUCGCAGCCCCGUCUAGAAAGCCAAACUAAUCUGAGUAGGUAACAAUCUUAGCUUUCUGAUCAGUUACCACUCUCUAACAAGAAUCGAAAACAAAGUCCCAGCUUUUUAAAUCUUUUUCUUAUCAGCAUUUCAAGCUCUCUUUUCCUCUCCUUUUUUUUGGUGGCAUUAUACUUAAGAGAAAGACCCAUUUGGGUUUUUUGAAGUUCUGCUUUCUUUUCCUAAGUAUUUCUCUCAUUUUCUUUCCUGGGUUUAUCUGGGAUUUCAGUAACAAUGAGUCCACAACACCUAAAGAGUGAUGGCAAUGGUUUCAAUGGGUAUAAAAAUAUGAACUUUAUGCUUCCUCCUCCUCCUCCUCCUUCUCUUGGGGUCAUAGUGGGUCAUCCUUUAGAGAAAGAUUCUAAGACUUCUGAAAUGGGGUUUCAGAUUUUGAACCCCUCUAUAGAGAAAAGGGUUGGUGAUGGGUAUUUGGGGGAUGAGAGAAAAGGACUGUCUGUAAAAUUUGGCGAGGAAGAGGAAGGCAAAAGUUCUGGUGCUGGGAAAAGUGGGCACACUAAGCUUUGUGCCAGAGGCCAUUGGAGGCCAGCUGAAGAUGCCAAGCUCAAAGAGCUUGUCGCCCAAUAUGGUCCUCAAAACUGGAAUUUGAUUGCCGAGAAUCUUGAAGGAAGAUCAGGGAAAAGUUGCAGAUUAAGGUGGUUUAAUCAGCUAGACCCAAGAAUUAAUAGGAGGGCUUUCACAGAGGAAGAGGAAGAAAGACUCUUAGGUGCACAUAAGUUGUAUGGUAACAAAUGGGCCAUGAUUGCUAGGCUCUUCCCUGGCAGAACUGAUAAUGCAGUCAAGAAUCACUGGCAUGUGAUCAUGGCUAGGAAACACAGGGAACAGUCCAGUGUUUACAGGAGGAGAAAGCCCUCUUCUCAAGUGCUUACUGAUAUGACUUUACAAAACAAUACUUGCAGUGAAUCAACUCACUCAAGCACCAUGGAUGAAUCUGGUUCAACCUGCACUGAUCUCUCUCUCACUCCCUCUUCAAACAAAGUGCCCCAAAGUCUUAUCACCAAGUUUAGUCCAGUUCAACAAUACCACCAAUCUUAUGGAUCAAAGAUGGGUUCUUUGGGAGAUGGGGGGUUUGACAAGUUCUACUGUACUGGGAAUGGGUUCUAUCAACCUGGGCUUAUGGGAACAGUUAUGGGUGUGGACCCAUCUGGUCAUUCAGAUUCAAACUCAGAAGUCUCUGCAGCUGAGUCAGUUGCCACCAAUAAGACCAAUAUCUCAGUGUCUGGGGAAAAUGAAAAUUUGAAUGAAAGAAUCAAAAUGCCCUUUAUUGAUUUCCUUGGAGUUGGAGCUACUUAAAGUUAAAGACAUGGGUUUUGGUUUAAGCCCAUUUAAGAGAGAGAGAGAGAGAGAAGCUGAGAAUGGAGGAAAAGGGCAAAAGAGUUAGUUUGAAGAAGCAUUUUAGUAGGUCUGUGAAAAUGUGGGCCUGAGGCAGGUUAUUUUUACAGUGUAUAUGUACAGUUAAUUUCCCGAUAAGGAAAAAGAUAGCAUUACAGUAAAAAAAAAAAAAAAAAAAAAAAAAGAGGGGUAAAAGGAAUAGGAGAGAGAGAGAGAGAGAGGCAGAGAGAGAGAGAGCGUUCUGAGUUUCAGAAUAAUUAUUAAACUGUGGUUUUGAUUUUGUACUUAUCCAGCAACAGAAGGCUUUGUUAUAUUCUCUCUGUGAUGCUGUAGCAUUGUAUUUGUGAGGCAAAGCCAAAGUUGGUUGCUUCUCUUGUAUUACUGACUCAAUGAAUGAACCUGCCCAACUUUCAUGACU